ACAGAAUCAAAGUUCAGUUGCAAACGUCAAGAUGGCGAAGUUUGCAGGACUUUUGUUGCUGGCAGUAGCAACUGUAUUGCUGAGCGACAAUGCUGAAGGAUUUGGAAUGUUGAGAGUGGGAGGCACGGGAAAGGAGAGACCAGCAAAUGAGAAGAUUCAACACCUUGUUUCGAAGAUGAAAAGUAAAACAGAGGAGUUUUUGGAUCGAAAGUUUGACAAGUUUGUGGGAGUAUCUUACAAAUCACAGAUAGUUGCUGGGACAAAUUAUUUCAUCAAAGUGAAAGUUGAUAACAACGAGUAUGUACACUUGCGUGUGUUUGUGCCCCUUCCAUUUAUGCGUAGUGAACCUCAACUGGCAAAUGCAUUAGAUGGCAAAGAGAAAACAGAUCCUCUGGAAUAUAUAAACUCCGCCAAUUGAUUGAAUCAAAAGGCACAAAGAAGUCAAAAUAAAAAGCUUAUUUUAUAGAGAUUUUCUGUUGCUAGAAAUGCUUUCGCUCUAUUCCUGUAAGGUAUAAUUUCUUGAAAAUUGUUGAAUCGCUUGCUAAUUGGGAGAUAAAUUAUUAUUUUUUUACUAAAAUUGAGAGCUAGUAUGUUUUUUGAUUGAUGAAUAUAUAAUAUGUAAAAUUUAUUUUUUAUAAUUUUCAAGUCUAACUUUUGUAA